AUGACGACGAGCGGCAAGCCGUUGACCUUGCUGCAAAUGGCAGUCGAAGAGACUAAGAAGCACAAUAGGAAGCUCCCCCACGUAGCUCCGCAUGGCUUACCUACUGGUGCCAACCAGAUCACCCAAAUUUUGAGUGACCGAGACGAUGCGCUUUCAAUCUCGAUGUUUGAUAGCUCAAAUGGUAAGAUCUCACCAUCCGACAGUCCAAUGGAACAAGAAGAAGCGCAGCAAGCAGAUUGUACUGUGAAUGUGAAGCGACUCGACGCAUUAAAUACCUCAUCUGAGUCGGCUCUCUUCAUUGAAAAGCACCACACCAUGAUAAAGAAGGUGGCAAAGGCAACGCCGAUUCUCGAGAUAACUGAGUCUAUGAUUAACGGCGAGAAUACGGCACAACUUGACACGCUGCCUAACAAGUUUGCUGAGGCAGAUGAAACGUUGCCUAGCAUGAUUAGACUGAUUGAAGAUGCAGCAAACCCGGAUCAUAUUGUGAGGUCGGCUGCUGCUUGUUCGCUCGCAUUUUACAGUGCGUUGUCGCUUGCGAUGACAACGAAGACACGACGUUCUUGA